GUCGGCGCGGGCGUUCGAACUGGCGCUUGGCGGCGUUACCAUGGGGAUGCGGCCUGGCGGCAGGCUCAAGCUAGUGAGCUGACAGCACGCCUCGGUCGCCCGCCUUGGGGCUCUUUUCUGUCAGCGUUUUCUCCUGUCUUUAGACAGGGUUGAUCGAGGAGGAAUUUGGAAGCCUCCGAGAGUUUAUAGAAAUCCAUUCACAAAAAUGACAUCCUGGUUAUAUGAAUGUCUUUGUGAAGCUGAACUAGCACAGUAUUAUCCUCAUUUUACUGCCCUUGGCCUUCAGAAAAUAGAUGAAUUAGCCAAUGUUACAAUGAAGGACUACUCCAAAUUGGGAGUCCAUGACAUGAACGACCGCAAACGUCUCUUCCAACUUAUCAAAAUCAUUAAGAUUAUGCAGGAAGAAGAUAAAGCAGUCAGUAGCCCAGAGUAUCCUCUACAGACAAGCAGUCUGUACGUCAAGCCUCAGAAAUCUAGAUCUGGCCCUCGAAGGCAACUGCAUUUUGAUUCUCCUGCUGACAACAAAGACAGAACUACCAGCAACAAUCAGUUUGAAUUGUGCGAUUUAUCACAUUUAUCUGCAAGUGAACAGAAGUCUAGUUACCUAAAAGUACUGGAGCAUUUGAUACCAGAUGAUUCCCAGUACUGUACAAAAACAAGAAUUCUGAAUGCCACAGCUGCUGAUUCCUACCUACAAGAAGAAACUAACACUUCACUCUUUUCAUCAAAUCACUUUUCUCCAAUACAGGGAGAUUGUGAUAUUCCCGUUAUGCAAAAAGUCUCUCAUGUUUCAGGGUAUAACUAUGGAAUCCCUCAUUCCUAUAUCAGUAGGAGCCAGAGUUUCAGAACCCUGAGAAACUCCCUCACCAACUUAAGGCUUCCUAUUAGUGAGUCAUCCCUGUCCAAAGAGCAUUCUCUUUGGAUACCUCAAAUCAGCCAGAACACCUCAGAGAAAGAGAAUCCUUGGACUGAGAUGGAGAAAAUCAGAGUUUGUGUUCGAAAACGCCCUCUGGGCAUGAGGGAGGUACGUCGUGGAGAAAUUAAUAUUAUUACUGUAGAAGACAAAGAAACUCUACUUGUUCAUGAGAAGAAAGAAGCAGUUGACCUCACACAAUAUAUUCUGCAGCAUGUUUUUUAUUUUGAUGAAGUCUUUGAUGAGGCGUGCACCAAUCAAGAUGUAUACAUGAAAACUACUUACCCACUCAUUCAGCAUAUUUUCAAGGGAGGCAAUGCCACUUGCUUCGCAUAUGGACAGACAGGUGCUGGAAAGACCUAUACCAUGAUAGGAACUCAUCAGAACCCAGGACUGUAUGCUCUGGCUGCCAAAGAUAUCUUCAGACAACUAGAAGUGUCCCAGCCAAGAAGGCACUGUUUUGUGUGGAUCAGCUUCUAUGAAAUCUACUGUGGACAGCUGUAUGACCUCCUAAAUAGAAGAAAAAGGCUCUUCGCAAGAGAAGAUAGCAAGCAUGUGGUACAGAUAGUGGGACUGCGAGAACUUCAGGUGGAUAGUGUGGAGCUUCUCUUAGAGGUGAUCUUGAAGGGCAGCAAGGAGCGCAGCACUGGGGCCACUGGAGUUAAUGCAGACUCCUCCCGCUCUCAUGCUAUCAUCCAAAUUGAGAUCAAAGAUUCAGCCAAGAGGACAUUUGGCAGGAUCUCUUUUAUUGACUUGGCUGGCAGUGAACGAGCAGCAGAUGCCAGAGACUCAGAUAGACAGACAAAGAUGGAAGGUGCGGAAAUAAACCAGAGUCUUCUGGCUCUGAAGGAAUGUAUCCGUGCAUUGGAUCAGGAACACACUCAUACUCCCUUCAGGCAAAGCAAAUUAACUCAGGUUCUGAAGGACUCUUUCAUUGGCAAUGCCAAAACCUGCAUGAUCGCCAACAUCUCACCAAGCCAUGUGGCCACCGAACACACUCUGAAUACCUUGCGCUAUGCUGACCGGGUCAAAGAACUAAAGAAAGGCAUUAAAUGUUGCACUUCAGCUACCAGUCGAAAUCGAACAUCUGGAAACUCUUCUCCAAAACGAAUUCAGAGCUCUCCUGUGGCCCUGCCAGGGGACAAGUGUUCUCCCAAAAAAGUCAAGCUGGGGCUCCAACAGUCGCUCACAGUGGCACCUGGCUCCACGAGAACGAAGGCCCAUCCUCUGGCCAGUCACCCAGCCAAUAUCCCUUUUGCUUCUGUACCUAAGGCUCCUGGUAAAAGGGGUGGCUCCAGAGGGAGUCCUCCCCAAGAGUGGGUCAUUCAAACUAGCUCUAUCAAAGGAACCAUGCGGCCUGGACAGUUAGCCAAAAAAAGGGCAGAAGAAUCAGCUGCAUCAUGCUCUGAGAAAAAUCCAAUCGGCAACAAAAUUGCCCUUGGGUGGGGAAGCAGGGCCCCUGGCCCAGGAGAAGAAGCAGUCCGUGGUAAGCUGCCCUCCCAGUGCAAGAAAGUGCAGACUGUGCAGCCAGUGCAAAAGCAGCUUGUGUCACGAGUUGAGCUCUCCUUUGGCAACGUCCACCACUUAGUAGAGUACAGUCAGGGCAGCAAGGGGGGCACACCUACCAGGCCUGCCUCUGAAGCUUGGACAGACAUCCCUCCACAUCAGAAAGAGAGGGAGGAACAUUUGCGCUUUUAUCACCAGCAGUUCCAGCAGCCACCUCUCCUCCAACAGAAGUUAAAGUACCAACCACUGGAAAGGUUUUUAUGCCAGUCCCGGCCUCCAGAGGGGCAGCUCCAGAAUGACACCCCUCCUCCCUUCCACUCUUGUUGUGAGAGCCAUGAUGGAGCCCAAGCUGAGGACCUGGAUGACAGUGAUUUCAGUGAAGAUUCUUUUUCACAUGUCUCCUGUCAGAGGACCACAAAGCAGGGAAACACCCUGGAGAAUAGCGAAGGCUCGUUCUUCCUUCAUCAGAGGGAGCAAGGUCCUGAGGAGCAGGUAGCCGAAAGGCGGCAGAGUCUGUUUUUUAGCCCCAGGACAGAAGGUGACGAGAAGAGUCUAACUGGAAGCUGGAUGUACUCCAGGGACCCCGCAAGCCACAGGAUAGCACUUGAUCACGGCCGCAGCCCAAGUCAGGUGCCCUUGGACUGGAGCAGAGAGGAGGACUCCACCUCCUCAGGGCCUCCUCCCAGAGAAAACCUGGCAGAGAAGCCUUACUGCUCACAGGUAGACUUUGUAUAUAACCAGAAAAGGGGUGGCAGCCCAGCCUUUGACCUCAGACAGGAUGCCUUCAAAAAUGAGGUUCCUCGGCAGGCUGAGGGCAGCUCACCAUCCCUGGAGGAAGAUGGUUGCACUUUCUCACUAUCCCACAUCACAGUUCCUGGAUCCCCAGACCAAAGAGACACAGUGAGCACACCUCUGAGAGAAGUCAGUGAAGAUAGCCCAACUGUGGCGACCAGAACAAUGAAAAACAGUAACCCUUUCCAAGGAGAAGACUCUAGAGGGGAAUUAGGCACAUGCUCUGAGCAUGCUUCUGGACUGAUGGCUUCCCUCACCGUGUCUCUCCUGGAGAGCCCAGACGAUGAGGGCUCUCCUCCCUUGGAGCAGUCGGCCCAGGAUGGAGCUGCACACAGUCUAGUGGCAGCAGACACAGGGGGGCCAGCUGUGGGUCACGCAGUGUCAUCUGGUGAUCAAGAGGCAGACCUGCCAAUGUCUUCAGCAACUGAGCACCUGUGGCUCUCAUCAUCUCCCCCCGACAGUAAGCCUGGGGGUGAUCUUCCAGCUCUGUCCCUGUCACCCAUCCAUCAGCACCCACCUGACAAGCUGCCCAACAGGGAGGCUGACCUGGGGGAGCCCUGUCAGAGCAGAGAGACUGCACUCUUCUCCCAGGGGCACUAUGAUGGCGAUGCUGAGACAGAGCUGGCCUGUUCCCAGGGUUUCCCAGAAAAACCCUUCCUCACCAUACAUACUGGGGGACCCCACUCUGGGCCUACACUCACCCCCCAAACAGGAAGUAGUGAUGUGGCUGACCAGCCCUGGGCCCAGGAGAGAAAGCACCUGGCAGGGCUUGGCUGGCAGGAGCUGGGUUUGUCCACAGACCCCAUCAAGCCGUCUUGCUACAAUGAGGACAUCGCGUGGCUCAAACACAGGCCAAUCCCAAGGUACUUAGCAAGGCUAGGCUCUCCCAAGACUGCCAGGACACUCCAUCAGCCCGUCCUGGGGCACGCACAAAGCAGCUCCUGGCCUGGAAAUGAGGCUCACUUCCAGAAAGCUGCCCAGGAGAGACGGGAGGCCCGGAGGACCACAGCAUCCCCUCUGGUUCCCAGGCAGGUACUCAUCCGAGCACACCAGGAACAGCUGGAUGAAAUGGCCAAGCUGGGCUUCAAGGAGGAGACCCUGAUGAGCCAGCUGGCUCCUAAUGAUUUUGAAGAUUUUGUGACCCAGUUAGAUGAAAUCAUGGCUCUGAAGUCCAAGUGCAUCCAGAGUCUGAGGAGCCAGCUGCAGCUAUACCUGGCCUGCCACAGGCCAGCUGCGGCCCCUGAGAGGACAGCGGUGUCUUAGAACAAGAUCCAGUAUGCGGUGGCUGGGCUCUCAAGAGCUGGAGGGGCCUCUGCCAGGUCCCCCUACAGAUAUCAGAACCCACUCCCUGGUCCUGCCCAUGCUGGCAUCUCCCUAGCCACACGUGGCCUUGGCUGGGUCCCAGCCCCUCUCUCAGGGCCAAGCAUCUGUCCCUCAAUUCUAAGCACAGGAGCAUCUGUAAGGAAGGACAGAUCAGCCUGAAAAACUUAACAGGCCCCUCCCUUUUCUUUGGGGCUGGAGGAUUUGCCUUAACUGACCCCUUGCCUGUGGAAACAGGUCUAAUAACCCUGUAGAUGUUUCUAAAUUUGGGGAUCAGUGGAUGGGGGGGGAUGGUCAGUGGUAACCUAGAGGUUGUGUUGAGGUCACAAGCUAGGGAAGAUAACAUGCUGAGCCCAGAGGUUUUAUCAGUUAGAUUCUGUGCCUUUCUCUAGGACUUGGUCAAAAACAAAAACAUUGGUGCUAGUGGGGCGGGUGAGGGUGAGCUCUGCCCCAUCAGCCCUUGGAGAUUGAUUUGGGACUUUAGUUAGCUUUUGAAAAUGUAAAAUGAAUAAACCUUGAUGUCUUUAAUAACAGCAGAUGUGGGACAGGCUUUAUGCUUCCAAUUCCCCUCCCUCCCUGCAAUCCAGUAUUUAGACAGAAGAGGGUGCUCGCGUCACUGCAUUAAUUCUUUUCCAAUCUCUACCUUGUGCUGGGACCAUCCACCUGCGUCAUGCUCCUGGCUCCUGUCGGUGAAUCCUCACCCCCACGCUCCCUCACGGAAUAGUGGAAGAGCUGCAGUAUCUCAGGCAAGUCUGUCUCCUAGCCUCACCCUCAUCCAGGACUGCCCUGGCUAUCUACUCCCCACUCAAUGGCCUGUGUUCAGGGUCUUGGCACUGAGUGCUCUGGUCAGUAGUCUGAGGCUCUAAAGCAGUUCUACACACAUACACGCACACCUUCACGUGAGUUCUUUCUGUAUCUUUUUAGCAGAAAGAAGCUUAAGAAAUACCAAGUGGCCUCCAGGUGGCCCAUCACUUAACCAAGGCCACCCUGGAUCAAGUUGAAAUUUAUGUCAAAGCCCUUGGCCCUGACACCAUUUGGGUAUGAAACUUUGAUUUCCUACAGGUAAAGGAUAACUUUUACAGGUUUUAAAAGAAGGGUUUAAUUAAUUUUAAAGGCCAGAAGAGGGGCUUUCUGAGACAAUGGCCAUGCCUGAUCUGACCACCAGAGGGCAGCCUCUUUCCAGCUUGGUGCUUCCCAGCCCAAAGGUUCUGUACACCCCCUCCUCAGGUGAUCACUAAAAAAAAAAAAAAUUAGAGACCCAUCCAAGCCAAGAGCACAAAAGGGACUGUGGGACAGUAUUAAGUAUAAGGACAAGAAACUCUAGGGAUAAAUCUAGUGCCAUCAGAUCCAUCAGCACUACUGAGAGCUAGUAAAGCAGUCUGAAUCCCAGUCCUGCCUGUGGAACACAUAAUUAAUUAUGCAUGAUGCUGCUCAGAGGACAAGGGGCUUGUUCCUCAUUUCUGAGUGAUUCUCCUGAAGGCCCAGCCUGUCUCACCGCCACAGUCAGUCUUGCAGGAAGGCAUAUGUCUAUGUCCUUGACCCAGAGACUUGGCUAGGUCAAGUUUAAACAGACCCUUGUCUACACACCUGCCUUUACCAGGGCAGACUGGGGGGGCCAGCUCCUGGGUCCCGUGGGCCUAGGCGUUGGAAGAAAGUACUGAAAUGACAGAAAAUGGUUAUCGCUCCUGUUCCACCCCCAGCAAAUCCCUUUACCACUCACUCACCUCCACCCUGCAG